CAGAAUUCCUCGAAGUCAAUUCGAUAGUUUUAGGAACGUCUUUUGUUUCUAGUUUUCGAGAUGUAGAUUACAUUUUUCUCUCUAUCUUUCAGUUAACACAAACCAGCUCUUAAAAAUGUUUUGCAAAACUAAAAUCUGAGCCGAUGUGUUACAAACGGAAUCCGAACACGACACCUCUUUGGAUGAUUGUGUAACGAAUCUCUGUUUUCAGUGACCUAACUGUCGACGUCUUACAUCUUCCUAAUCAUAAUAUAGUUAGAUCAUUAGAUUUAGAUUACAGCAUUUGUUUGACGUAUUACGAUGUGUGUGUUAGGUACCUACUUCAUUCUCCGAAGUAUCAUUCGUGGUUACGUUUUCAUAACACCAUUGUGUCUACAGUAUGUUAAACGGAUCUUAGAGCAAUCUCUUUGUGUAGUCGUGAUCUUCACAAGCAGCUGUUGUGUUGUGAAAAAAAAAUACAGUGUCUAGACAAUGGCCGAUAUUUGGCUAAUAUUUUUGGUACUUUUUACACUGAUAGAGGUAUCUACGACGUAUAAUUUUACAAUGCGGUUUCCUCUCUGGUGUUCCCUUGGUUUUAACACGUGCACGUUUAACUUAAACUUAAAUUAUAUUCUGACGAAUUAAUUGUUGACGAUUACAGCCGACAACUCGUUCUUAGACGAAAUGCUAGAAGACCCGCCAUUAACAAGAUCUUUCGGAUUUGCUAUACGUAAGAGGUUUGAUAAAACUCUAGAAGAUGCUAGGCUGAACCAGGAGUAUAUGUAUCGGUACCAUGAGAUGCUAAAGGCCAGUCAAGAGUCAUUUGAAAAUUUCGCUAGCCAAGACGAGAAAAGACUAAGAAGAGUUGUUGGAGACCACAAUUACGAAGUUAUGAAAGAAGGAGUAUUAGAUCGUCGUCGUAAUGCUCCCCGUUUCCAAUCGGCCGUCGGCAGGCGGCGUGCGCGCACGCAGGCGGUGCGCCGUCACAAGCUAAACAGUCAAAGCCUCCGCAGUCACUUACAGCACUCCAGACAAACCACUUCCGAUUAUAAUGACUAAUCAUUAAAACAUUUGCUCAUAAAGUCCACUUCUUGGGCUACAUGUAAAUAAAAAUGCAUUUUCAAUGUAAAGUUAACAGUGUAUGUAAGACUUUUGUGUUUUAACCGACUUCGAAAAGGAGGUUAUAGUUCGUGUAAAAUAUGUAGUAGUAAAAAUGUACCAGUGUUAGUUGUUCCUUAAUUCUUUGACGAACACAGUAAUUAGACUGUUCCUUAAGCUUUAAUUAAAAUACUUUUAAACUUUU